AUGCCUCCUCAGUUAAGACAGCGCACAUCGCGCAUCAAACCUGAAUCUUAUGCUCUUGCCUCAAACCCCUCUGCAAGUCAAACUCGCAUCCUCAUGUCUGAACAUACAGAAAAUCUAAUAAACUGCACGCCUCCAAUCUACACCAUCGAUCUCUCACUACCACCACGUGAGCGUUAUGUGUUGGUUGCCACUGACUACGCCCAUACUCUGCGUCAAAUGCCAGUCCUCUACGACGAAGCAGUAGAGCAUUUGAAGCUGCCUAUCGGGUUCUUCCACUUCCUAGGCCGUAUGCUCUUGCGUCGUCUUCAUAGCGACGAACAGACCGAGGAGCUUAGAGGAAUCAGUCAGGCAUGUGGGAUUCCCAUGUAUCUACUCGUCGCUUACAACGUCUUCCUGGACCUUCUCAUGGGCUGCACAAGCGGUGGCGUCAUGGUCAAAGAGCCUAGAGUCGAGCCAACGAUGAUGCAUUUUCGAACGUUGGAUUGGUCCAUGCCUCUUUUGCGGCAGAUCAUCGUACAGUUUGAGUACGUUAGCAGAACAGGUGGCGACGUGAUAGCAAGGACUGUGGGCUAUGUGGGGUUUGUGGGUGUACUUACAGGCGUAAGGAAUGGACUGAGCAUGUCACUCAACUUCCGCCCCUACCACAAUACCCACGGACUGUCGGGGCCUAACAUCAGAUACUACUGGAAUACUCUAAUGGUGCUUCUGGGACGGAAGCCGAGUAUCUCCAACCUGUUACGCGAUUGUCUCCUACCUAGACUAAGCGCACCUCGAAGACGACAAAGGCUUUCCAAAAGGUCUGCCCAGGAAGAGGAAACACUGACAUCCACAACUAUUUCACCAUACGAUGCAACCGAACUAUUCGACAUCAUCCCUCACAUGCAUACGUCAGUAGCAUACCUGAUAUUCUGUACGGGGGCAGAAACAGUGGUUCUAGAGAAAGACUUUGAAAGUGCGAGAACUUUACGCUCUUCGACUUUCAUCAGCACCACCAAUCAUGAUGCGUCAUUGGAGGCUACAGACAACCCACAAGCUAUUCAGAAUCAUGCCGUUCAUAAUAAGGGUCGGAACCACAACUUCCUCAAUGCGGGUAUGCAAGAAGUGCUUGACGAAAGCAUCGCGCGGAAACAGUGUCUGAAGCAGAAGUGGCUGGAUUGGAGCCAGGAGCAAGAUCGUAAAACGGGGCGAGGACAAACUGCAGCGAAAGGCAUUAGCCCGGAGAAGCUAACCGAGUGGUUAAUGCAAUACCCUGUUUGCAAUGAGGUUACACAUUUCGUGUGUGUGAUGGAUCCAAAAGAGGGCUACGGGAUCAAGCUGAAAUGGCAAGAUGACGGCGUUAGCACAUUGACAAAACCACCACGGAAGGGUCGGAAGAAGAAGACCAUUGAUCAGGUCCAAGCGCCCAGCCCGACAUCGAUCGUCAGCUUUGCAUCAACACCGAUGGCGCUGUCCAGUCCUGAGUUUGUCUUCUCAUCGCCUGAAUCGACAAACAACAUGCCUACAUUGCCGCUGAACAGUCCUGGUUUGUCAUACGGCUUGUCCCUAGAUGAUCGAUGGCUCCUUAAUUACUGGGUUGAGCAGCUCUCCACGUUGAUAUCGGUAGCACCUAGACAUGGCGCUGCAACACCAUUUCAGCGACACUUGACAGCUAUGGCUUACGAGUCUCCGGCGCUUAGAUCAACGAUUCUUUCAAUGGCCGCAAAUCACCUCGCAUUAACCUCAAAUAAUGCUUCGCUACACCUACAAGGCUACCGUUUCCAGCGCAACGCCAUUCGCGAGCUUCAGCAGAUGAUUCAAGAUCCAGUAGAGAUAGAUACUGAGCCGGCGCUAGCCACUGUUAUGAUGAUGCAAGUAUCAGCACGAUUAUUUGGCGACGACGAUGAAGCUCACGUUGCAAAUCAUCUGAUCGGUGCUAAAGCUAUGAUAUCGAGACAUGAAGGAGAUCGCUGGCUUGCUUCGUCGAAUGCCCGAUUCCUCAUGAGUCUCUUUUCAUACCACGAUAUUCUCUCCUCUGUUUCGAGGGGUUCACAGCCAUUGUUGGAUCACAAAACGGGCUUUACCGCCGUCGAAGGAGAGCAACAGCUAGAAAGCAUUGCAAAUGUGCUUUUGGUGGUUGCACAGAUCAGUCAGCUACAGCAUGCUAUAAAGAUGAGAAAGGCAAAAUCACCAACAUGCCCGGCUUUGUCAGAAGAUGAGAACACUACCGGCCGGCGGAUUCAGCAAAUAUUACUAGCUAUGGACUUCGUUGCAUGUAAGCAGGAGGAUACCCAAGAAAAUACUGAUAUCAGCUCGACAGCUGAAGCCUACCGCCAUGCCGCUUUCAUAUAUUUGUACCGGACCUGGCUUGAUAUUGGUGCUCCCAACCCGAUAAGCAUGGAGCACAUCAAUCAGUGUCUAUCACAACUACAACAAGUCGAUGCACAUUCACCUCUUACAUCAUCACACAUCUGGCCGCUUUUCACCGCUGGCUGCGAGGCGAUUGAUAGCACUCAGAGGCAUUUUGUUCGUGUUCGAUUCAAAGAGCUGUAUGCUGUAAAGCGCUUUCCAAGCCUGAAACGAGUCAUGCGUGAUAUUGAGCAUGUUUGGGAGGCCAAAGAUAUGGAACAACAGAUGAAAGGUCAAGCGGGUAUGGCCAAGGUUGAUUGUAUACAAGUCAUCUUGAAAAGAAGGGGGAGAGAGGUGGAGCUUGCCUGA